AUGGACGAAAAGGAAAACAAUCAAAGUACGUCGCCUGGAAGUAGUCGGAACAGUAGUUCCGGUGGUUAUUCGUCAUGUAGCACACCGGAAGAAGUUGAUGUUGUUGCAUUUACACCUCGUCCAGAACCAGUAAACGAAGAUGAUCAGAAGCGAUAUUUUUGUCAGCGAUGCUUGAAUCACGCUGAGGAACACCCUCGAAAAGGGCAUAAACCUUUUUGCCAGUAUGCGAAUUGUGAGUGUGCCGACUGUCAUAUGGUGGAAGAGCGUCGACGAUUGAAUAAUAUGUUAAGUUUAAGACGAUUGGACCCCAAUCACGCAGCAAGUCGUUCAACAACGGGUAAAAAGAUACGCGAUCCGAAGUGCGCACUUUGUUCUGCACAUGGCAAUAAACAACCGCUCAGAGGACACAAAAAAGCGCAGUGUCCAUUUUUGAAGUGUGGAUGUCAUCUGUGUGGUCUGGUUGAAAAUCGGCGAACAUUAAUGGCUCGUCAAAUAAAACUACGACGAGAUCAGCAGAAACAACGAAAAGCACAACUUAGUGCCGCAGCUGCUGCUCUUGCGACUACAACAAACAUCGCUACAAAAAGUUUAAUCUUGGAGCAGUCAAAUUCGGAAGUCGAACAAGGUUUUACCGAUCUAUCAGAGCAACUUAUUACGCCAGACCAUAAUGUAAAAGUGGAAGAACCUGUGCGUGUACCACCACUCUUACCAGUAUUCCCAAAACCACAAGUUAUGGAACCCAGACCACCGGUUCCAAUAAUCUUUCAACCAACUGCGAUAUUACCUACAGCACCAAUGUUUAUUUCACCAAUGGAUAAUAUUGAUUUGCGUCUUAUAUCUCUAAAUUAUCAUCAUAUGAUGAAUCCAGUACCGUUCCAGUUUACUCCCAUGUUACCGUACACACCAACGUUACCAUUUCUGUCAGCACCUUGA